CUUCUAACUGUACUUCAUUGUCUUCAUCAGCGGCUUAAGAUUGAUCUGCGGAGGAAGACAAAGUGAAGGGUUUCCAAGGUCAAAAAUGAGACUGUGACCAAAAGUAUUCAGUGUGUUUUUUUACUUGUUCCUCUAUGUAUUGUCUGCACUGUUAAUGUUAAUUAGAUUUCAUUAGAUUAUCAUCAUUAGAUUUGCAAUCUCCUCUUUUGCCCCUUUAAAAUAAAAAUAUUUUAUUUUGAAAGAGGAAGCCAUUGUUACAGUCUAAAAUUAGCUUAUAUCUAGCUUCACACUCCUGCUAACACGCUAAAGCUAACCAGAAACGCUAAACGCUAAAGAUGCUAAAACAGAACACGACACCGUAUCUUCACCUAAACAUUUGACCGGCACUGACUUAUGACCACAGCUAAAAUAGCAAUAAAACAGCGACUGAUAUAGCUCAAGCGCCGUCGCAAAAAUAUGGUUAUUAUAUAUAUAUAUAUUACAAUUCAUUUAAAUGUCAAAAUUAACUACGUGUCCUUCUCGAUGCCGUUAUGCUAGCAGCUACGUGUUUACAUGAGGGCGUCUAAUGGAAAAGUACCAAGGAGGACAGAGAAAAACUUACAACAAAGACCCUAAAGUCUAAAGAUUUCCAUGUGAUUAUUGAACUCCCAUUGUCGCCAGAUUCCAUCUCAUUCUAACACUUAAAAAAAGCAGUAAAAUAGUGAUUUGUUCAUUAGUGUAGCCUAUAUUAUAUAUAUGCCUAAAUGCUUGUGUACUGUGGUGAAAAGUAGGUAAAUUAAGUAGCCUGUACAAUUACAGUACAAUUUGAUGAUUUCCAUUUUUAUAUUACUUACUCUCCAUUACAAUUAAAAGAAAAAUAUUCUGCUUACUCCACUACAUUUAUUUGACAGCUAAAUAGUAAGGUUUUAUAUACAAAACAUAUUCGUUUAAAAUAUGCAUUAUUUAACUGCAUCAUUAUAUAAAGAAUUCCAACUAAAUAUCCAACUUAGCGUCACCUUGACCAACUACAACUUAACUACUGCUUACAUGUUAUUGCAUCGAUAAGUUAUUUAAUAUAACACGUGCUAUUUUGCAGAACGAGUCAAUGACGUUAAUAACUUUCGUGUUUUGUUGCUAAUACCAAUGUACUUUUACUUAAGUAAGAUUUAAAUGCAGAACAUUUACUUGUAAUGAAGUAUUUGUAGUGUAGUAUUGCUACUUGUAAUAAAGUAAUUCACCCGAAUACUUCUUCCUCCAUGUGUCUCGAGGUCUCAGUGGAGGUAAGUGCCUUUUAAACUGUAGACAAAAUGCUUGUCAUUUUAUUUUUCAUACUAUUGUAUUGUGUCUACUUAAAUAACUUGACUUUUUAGUGAGAUGUAACAUCUGAAAAUUUAUGAAAUUAUUUUGAUUUAGAUAGACUUUCUGGUUUGGCUCAUUGCCUGUACAAAGUAAAUAAAAAUUAAAGUGAUUCUGGUCUUCCCUGGGUAACAUGAGCUUCUGAUCAUGCUGUAUGCAAUAGUAAUUUAAACGAGGAGAACAUAAAGCAAGUUUUUAAAAGGGAACGCCGAUAGGAGAAAGUCCUGAAUGUUGUACGCAUUGCAAGUCGUCUGGUAUUCCCAUCUAGUCCACACGAUGACGACAAAGCAGCAGUAUUAACUGCAUACCCUAUUACCUUUACUCCACUACAUUUCAGAGAUGAGUAUUUUAUUUGACAGUUACGGUUACUACUUACAGAAAGAUAUUUUACACACGAAACAUAAGCCUAUCUUACAAAAUGUUACACGUUGUUGCAUAUUAAUCUAUUCAACACUAGAUUAACAACUUAAAAGUGAGAAACUAUUUAAAUUAAAAUGUUGCUUAUGUGGUAAUCCUUAGGUGAUAAUAAUGCAAAAUUAUAUAAUACACUUUUAAAAGGGCCAUUCUGUCUGCAUUAACGCUUCUUGAUGCUAAAACGUCGACCUAUGCUAUACAAAUAAUUUGGCCUUUUUAUAUUUCCAAUGCAUUUAGGUGAUAAUAGUUACAGGUCUACUUGAGUAUAAUUGUGAAUGCAGGGCAUGCUCUUCAGAUUGAGAGUAUCACUAUGAAAUUGCUACAUUUACUCAAAGAAAAAAUCUGAAUGUAGGAUUUAUUGCAGGCGUUUCUGCUGGAUGGUGUGACAUGUAUAGGAGGAUCGUGGAUUUGUCACAUGUUAUAUGAAUAGUUUGACCUUUUUGGAAACACGUAUUUCUUGCUAAGAGUUAGAUGAGAAGAUAAUUACCACUCUCAUUUGUAUGCUAAGAUAACCAGCCGUCUGCUGUCAUUAAUUUCUCACUAAUUGGAUUUUAUGGGAGUGACAAUAGCAGCAUGGUAAAUCCCCUCGCCUCCUCCGGUUUUUCAUUUUUGAAGCGUCUCGGCCGCCCGCCCUCUCAUUGAAGAUUGUCCUUCGGCUCUAUCCGUCGGUCGAUUUGGAAAGCAGCGACGCCUGAAAGCGACGCUCGCAGCUGAUGUACCGCUGGCACAGAAAAUGGAGAGCGACACCGCUGUCAGGAGAAUUAAACACUUUGGGACACAUAAUUAUGUAGCGGUUAACGACGGUUCCCGCGGCCGGUGCGGGAAUAACAGCUACAACGGUGACCCGAAGAGGAAGCCCGAAGUGAAGCUGUACUUGCUGCGAGAAGGACUGGCAGCCUCCCUGGUCUCUGUGUUUAUUUUGGUGCUGUGGGGACUUGUUCAUUUCUCACUACAGCAGCUCAUCAUUGGGACACCGUCCGGCGAGUUCAACGCAAUGAGAGCCAGACAGCACUUGGAGCAGAUCACCAGCGUCGGCCCACGGCCAGUGGGCAGCCCGGAGAACGAAGUCCUGACAGUGGAGUACUUGUUGGCAGAAAUUGAGAAAAUCCAGGUUGAGACGGCAGCGGGCCCCCAUCAGCUCAUGGUAGAUGUGCAGCGUCCCACCGGCUCUUUUUCCAUUGACUUUCUAGGAGGCUUCACAAGCUUCUACGACCGUGUCACUAACAUAGCUGUCAGGCUGGAGCCUAAGGGUGGGGCACAGCAUCUCAUGCUAGCCAACUGCCACUUUGACACAGUGGCCAACAGUCCAGGUGCCAGUGAUGAUGCAGUGAGCUGUGCAGUAAUGCUGGAAGUCCUCCAUUCUCUGGCCAACCAGUCUGAUUCUCUUAAUCAUGGAGUUAUUUUCCUCUUUAAUGGAGCAGAGGAAAAUGUUCUGCAGGCCAGUCAUGGUUUCAUUACUCAGCAUCCGUGGGCCAAGCAGGUGCGAGCCUUCAUUAACUUGGAGGCUGCAGGUGUUGGGGGCAAGGAAGUUGUUUUCCAGACAGGUCCAGAGAACCCGUGGCUGGUCCAGGCCUACGUUAAUGCAGCCAAACACCCCUUUGCCUCUGUGGUCGGCCAGGAGGUCUUCCAAAGUGGUAUCAUCCCCUCGGACACUGACUUCCGCAUCUACAGGGACUUUGGUAACAUCCCAGGCAUUGAUUUGGCUUUCAUUGAAAAUGGUUUCAUCUACCAUACCAAGUACGACACUGCAGACAGGAUCCCGACAGACUCAAUACAGAGAGCCGGCGACAACAUCUUGGCAGUCCUGAGGUACCUGGCAAACUCAGAGAAGUUGGCUGAUUCCUCAGAGUACCGUCAUGGCAACAUGGUAUUUUUUGACCUAUUAGGAGUAAUUGUGGUGGCUUACCCAGCCCGUGUUGGAACCAUCCUCAACUACUUGGUAGCCACAGCCACCUUCCUUUAUCUGGCAAAGAAAGCCUCACUGCCAGGCAACAGAGGUGGUCGCUAUGUUCGAGAUCUGGCCUGUGCCACAGGUGUAACAGUCCUGAGCUGGAUCGUCACCCUGAUGUCAGUACUGAUUGUAGCUCUGCUAGUCUCUCUGCUGGGCCGCUCCAUGUUUUGGUACAACCAUUUCUACGCCUCCAUCUGUCUGUAUGGGGCUGCUGCCACAGGCAAGAUGCUCCUCAUUCACACGCUGGCUAAGAACAUUUACUUUGGGGGUGUCCGUUUGGUGGAGUUGGGUGAUCUCUACUUUGACGUUAGCUUGUUGCUGUGGUGCUGCAGCCUGGUCUGGCUGACCCAGCUGGGCCUGUGUUCGGCCUACGUGCCCAUGCUGAUGGUGGCCUUCCCCCUGGCCACCAGACUGCUGCUGGCGAAAGAAUUUAAACAUAGAGGAGCGUCCCUGAAGUACACUGUGCUCUAUCUGUUUGGCCUGGCGUUGCCAUAUGUCCACUUCAUGUUCCUCAUCUGGGUGGUGUUUGAGAUUUUCACACCCAUCAUGGGUCGCAGCGGCACAGAAAUACCCCCUGAGCUGGUGCUGGCUUCCCUGGUCACCCUGGCAACAGUCUUCCUCUCCUCCUUUUUUCUGCAUUUCAUCUACUUGGCACGGAGCACUAAGUGGAUCCUGGCUGGUCUGGGCUCAGUCUUCAUUGUCACGUUCAUGUUGGUGUCCAGUGGGCUCCUCUUUCCUUAUUCAGGAAGUCCAGACAGCCCGCGGCCCAAACGAGUCUUCCUGCAGCAUACAACGCGGACCUUCUACAAUCUCCAGGGCCAAGUGGAGAGCCGGGACUCAGGUCUGUGGAUCAACAGUUUUGACUACACAGGUAUACAGCACAUCACCCCACACAUCCCUGAGAUCAACGACAGCGCUCGCACCCACUGCCAUCAGGACCGACCCUUUUGUGGUUACCCCUGGUUCCUGCCGGUGAAGUUCCUCAGCAAGAAAAACUGGUACCUUCCUGCUCCAGAAGUGUCUCCCAGCUCUCCAGUGGAGUUCAGCCUGCAGUCCAAAGAAGACACCAGCUGGGGGACCAUCAAGAUGACCUUCAGCGUGAAAGGCCCCAGUCACAUGUCUCUGUAUCUGAUGCCUCACCGAGGAGCCACCCUCUCUACCUGGUCCUUCGGUGACGGGACGCCUCAGCUAGAUCUGAGUGGAGAAUAUUUUGUCUUCUAUUCCCAUGGCCUCGACGCUCCCACAUGGACCUUCUGGUUUGAAAUACAGCCUCCCAGGGACCCGGACCCAUCAGGCCCCGAGGGGAUGAUCUCUGUUGCCAUCUCCUCCCACUAUUUCUUUGGGCAAGACCAGAGGACUGCUCAACUGGAGGAAAUCCUCCGUAGGUUCCCCGCAUGGGCUUUUCCUUCGUCUUGGGUCAGUACCUACGACAUGUACCGAUACUGAGGGCGCCACACAUCAGAGGCUGACACUGAGAAGAGCUGAGGACUGCAGGGGCCCGGAGACAGACAGAUCAUUUCAAAGGAAUAAUACUGAGGACCAGCCCUGCUGCCUUUUCACUCUGACACAAACACACACACACACCCUCCCAGCCUGCCUGAGAGAACCCCCAUCACUGUGUCAGUAGGCUUAGUAGCUAACCAAGCAGGAAGGUGCCUGCCAGAGGUAGGCUGAUCCAAAAGCUUACAGACUGACUAACUCACUGUCCAACGGCCAUCACAAACCUCAUGCUCACCCCGGGGAUAAUGAAACAAAGGGGUUAUGAUUUAUUUUGUACUCAAUUUGUUGUGCCUUUGCUUUACUCACACUCCUCCUCACUUUCCCCCUUGCUCACUCCCUCUCAUUCUAACAUGCUAACAGCCUGUAUGAAAAAUGUCACAUGGCUACCUCCCCUGCUCCCUCUUCAUCUGCAAACCACUCGAGUGGCCCGAGUGGUCCUCUGGCGUCCUCUGCGAAAAUCACACACCCGCAUUCUGCACUGUAGGUGUAGUAACAUACUGAUGGAUCUGUUUGGGAAGGGGAAAGAAGUUUUCUUUUUUUUUUAUCCUACCGCCGACUUUAACUGGAAACGUUGACAUCUUCAAAGUCGCUUUUCACAAACACACACUACUACAUACUAUGAGAAAAUAGUUUUUGUAUUAGCUCAUCAGUUAACUGUGAAAUUUCUCACUAUCAUUCCUCAUUAACACCACUGAUUAAGCCGCAGGUCGUUCCCCUGUGUUUCAUUUAAGAAUGCCAAAAAUCUUCUUGAAUUGUCAGAGACGCUGGCAUGCAGAUGCAGAAAACUGUGCCUGUUAAAUUAAACAGAUGGCUAAAAUGUACAAUGUCAACAUGUCCUCUUUAAAGGAGUAGCCUUCAUGAAGAUUUUGCGCUGAGGGCAUAUUUUGAGGUCUGAGUUUUCCCUCUGAUGUGUAACUUUGGGCUUGUGUAAUUGUAACUGUAAUAGUAUUUGUACAUGUUUUCAAACUUCACUUCUGCUCUUGCUACGGGCGUUCUCCAGCAGCACCAAUGAAUAUCUUCUUGCGAUGAAAGAAAGUAGAGACACAGUGAUUCAUUUAUCAAUAAGUUGAUCAAAAGAAAAUAACCUGCAACUAUUUUAUUGUUCGAUUAAUUGUUUUAGUUUGUCGGACAAAAACAUCUUAAGACUUGAUUAUGGGAAGAAAAUUGAUCAAGAAAACAAUUGUCAGUUGCAGACCUAAAAGAAGGUAUCGAGUCAUGGACAGUAAAUGUACAUCUUGGCUGCAGACCAAGAUAAUCAAACCUAAUCAGAGUUAAUCAGACCUUGAUGCAUCUUCAGUCAAUUGAACCACUAAAAUCACAUCAAAACAAAAAAAAACAAAUAAUCUCUGCUGUAGACAGUAAUUCUUUAGUGAAGUGUGAAUGGAGCUUGUGAGUUAGCUGACCCUGCUAUUUGACUCCGCGUUUCAUCUGAGAAACAUAUGGCUAAUUAUAGACCCAGUGAGGAGUUGCACUGCGCUCAGCAUUUCAUUUCCAUUCUCUCCAAGUUGUGCUAAAAUGUGUCUUAGAAAUGUAUAAUUAUGCAUUGGUGCUGAUGCAACCAGCUUAAAGUGUUAACUAUAAGCUAUAACCACUCAUUUUUGUGAUGUGUUGCUAAUCUUAUAUUUCACCGAUGUGGAGCUGCAGCUUCUUUUGUCUUGAGCCUAAGUAUCACAAACUCAGUCCAGUUUAUAUGACAUGGCAUGUUACAGUUAGGGCCGGGUUAUACUUGAAAAGAAGUGGUUUGUACGAUGCGUCGUCCUCACACAUCAAAACAGCCAUCACAGAGAGGGGGAGGGGUGAUGUGGUUUAAAAUGGGGGAUAACAGGGCACAUCUUUAUACAGUCUCAUCUGGAGGACGUCCAUAGUGUUGCACUUUGUUGUUCCCAUGAGAAAUGAGUUGUGCCAAGAAUGAAAAAAAGAGAGCUGGAGAAAGAAGUUAAAUCCCUGUCCCCUUUCUGACCUCCACACAGCUGGCCAAUCACCACGUGAAGUGGGUGUGAAUGUCGGAUCGUCUGUUUCAGAAAGUUACAGAAAUUUGACCCGGGAGAGGGAGUUUCUGAAACUAUUCAACCGUCCGACAAGCACUUCUGACGGAGUAUACUGGCCCCUUCAGUAUCACCACUACCUCCACAGUGAUCACAACCGUGUCCGACAUCAAGAUAACAGCUGUUAAUGUUGUUGUAAAUGUUAAAGACAUGAAUGUUGUUGUUUGAAAGAUUUAAAUGAUUUGGUUAGAGAGAGAGAUUACUUUGAUGGGUUAUAAAGCAUCAUCAUGUUCACCUCUGUUUUCUGCUAGCAAAGUGGAUAUUUAUUGAUCUAUCCGAAGAGGUUUCCACAGCCUAUUGAAUCUCAUAGCUGUGUUAUCAGAAAAUCAGGACAACUGUCGUCUCCCUGCCUUCAGUACCACUCUGACUUGACUCCCCCUAUAUGUAAUCAUAAGUGGAAUCAGGUUGUCAGUUACUUGAGAUUGAUUUCUCUUGGAAGAUCAACUUAAGUAGAACCAUCUUUUGUCCACUUUGUGUUGCACCUGGUGACGUGUGGUAGUGAUCCAUAUUGUCUGUAUGUGAAUUGUUGUCUGUUGGAAAGUUUAAACCUAAAAACCAUCACAGCCUUCAACACUUCUUGGCAAGUUGAAAACAGAUUGUCCCACAAUGCUCAUUUGUUUGUGCAUAAUCUCACUACAAGGUCCACUCAGAAGCCAUUCUGGAGCUUUCGACUGUAUCUCAUGAUCAUGAUCAGCACGUGGAGUUGACUAGUUUGUCAUGGAAAUGUAGAUGUUCAAAAAGUUUCUGAUUUCUUGGCCAUGCCAGCUUAUAAAUUGAGAGUAAAAGUUGAAAGUUAAUUCUUUUUGCUGUUUCAAUCUUGUUUCUAAGCAUGAACAAAAACGAUCUGCUGAGGAAGAUGUUGUGAUAUAGAGCUGCUGCUGAGUGGACCUUAGGGCGAUGUGUUUGGUUUUUUUCUUUAUCCAAAUGAUCUUCAUCAGCUGACAGGAGCAUAAAGACAUGUCUGGCCUCAGUGUCCCUUGAAUUUAAAUCAGACUGUAAGACGCAAAGAAGAAAUUCAUCUUAAAGGACCAAACCUGUGAUUUUGGUACAUUUUUGCUAUUUAAGACCGAUUAUACGUACUUCACAUAACCUUCUGUAACAAACGGUGAAAGCAGCAUACUUGUUUGGAUUUGUUCAGGUUUGAUUUGCAUGUUGUGAUCGAGGGAAAAAAACAGAAAAAUAAAUUAGGAAAAAUAGUUGGCUAUAAUGUAAAUGUGUUAAAACAUGAGUAUGGUCCUUUUUAUCCAUAUUUAAUCAUUUCUUUUCCACACAGUCAUAAGUCAGCAAGAGCACCUUGCUCGCUGUCUGAGGUUUCAACUAAUUGUAUUUAGGUUUUGUAGUCCAUCAGUAGGGCAUGGAUAAUUAAUUAACCCUGUUGUUAAUGAAGCAGGAAAUUAUGUGUUUCUCUUUUUGGCUGACUCACAGCGUGUCAGGCUUUAAAGUUGCUCGUAUUAACCUCACCGUAACCUGGUCUGCACAGCACAGCAGUGCUUGGAAAUCUGAACCUUGAAUGUGUUUAUCUUUUCACAACAUGAACGUUUUUACUUUACUGUGGACAGAAAAAAAGGAAUCGGGGCUUCUGAAUUGUCGUAUCUUUUGUUCUUUGAUUGAACAUCUAAUGAUGAGAAUCUGUUAUUGCAGCUGAAACAAGCAUGUAUUUGAAAAAGACCUUCAGGAAAAGAAACCCACACACACACUGUUGUGCACGUGCUGCUUUAAGUAACAGAAGAAGAUCUAAAUAAAAUGAUUGAUAUGCAGUGUGUCUUUGGGAGAACAAGUUUUAUUAACAAAUGUAACUUACUAUUUUUCUAAAACUCUGUUUUGGUAUGUUUGAAAAGCAUGGAAUCGGAGGAGGUGGUGCUCCUACUGUUAGACUAAAGCGUACGUCGAGUGCUGCUAGAGAGCUUAACAGAGAGAGAAAACAAACUCCUUGUAGGAUAAAGUGAAUUUAAAUAGUCACUUGUCGGCAGAAUCUAAUGUAUUAAUAACUUAGUUUAGACUGAGUGGCUGACCAAGCGCUGCACAGUGUUUUUUUGUUGUUCAGAGUAAACUCAUACAUGGACGUAGCUUUAUCUUCGUCACGUGUAACCGUCACUCAUGCACACAAAUGUUAAUAUCAGCUUGGGAAAUUAACAGUUUAGCUGAAAUCUCUUCUGGGAUACAUGUUGAAAUGUCUUAACGCCUGUUGUUGAUGAAUGUCCUUUUUUAUUUUUAUUUGUCAGUUUCGUUAUCAUUACCUGAACUGUGUUUUGACCAACACUAUCUAGGCCUAGUUGUUCAGUUUUUGUCCUGAAGGUUACAUUUAGAUUUCUUUUUUUGAACAGGACAGAUCAUUUGGUUCUUUUUCAUGAUUGAUUUAACACUUUUUUUCUGUCAAAAUGUUGUUUUUUGUUGUUUUUUUAAAUUGCAUAUUUGUCAAUUGGAAUUAAGUGAUUGAUAGGACUGCUGCAGUUUGGACUGAUCUGGUUACAGGGUGUCCAUCUGUUGAAUGGACAGGAUGAUUUUACAUUAUACAAAAAGGUUGAAUCAAAUUAGGACUUACAGCAAUUAAAAUGUUCUUUACAUUAA